AAUGCCUUUUUGCACCGGCUACGUGGUGGCGUCACGACGCAGGGGCGGGGCGUGCACCUUUUCUCUGCCAUAUUUUAUUUACUACAUUUAUAUAUUUAUUUCACCGCCUGUGUCACUCCGAGCGCAGCGCAGCGUGUGUCUGCAGUCACCUGUGUGAUGUAAUCGGUGCGGGGUUCAACGUGUCACGGCACCGACCCACCACACUGAACCGAGUCCCGCACGGCACCGCAGCCGACUGCCACACAAUAGAGCCGAGAACAAUAGCUGCGCUUUAUCCCUGACACGGUGCUGGUGUCAGUGCGGCGGCGAGUGGGGCCUAGUUCCUGCGGAGGGUUACCACCGAGAGGCGGUUGAAGACGUUGCCGUUGUGUGUGUUUUGAAGCCCCCCGGGAAGAAGAGCGAGGAACACGUUGUAACGUGCUGAGGGGGGAGUGAGAGAGCGAGAGAGAGAGGGAAGGAGGGAGGGAGGGAGUGACUGAGUGAGAGAGGGGGGAGUGAACGGGCAGCAGCACUGCGCCCUUCACUUUAUCGAUAUCGAUCACUUUGGUAAUCAAGACAUUUACAGCCGCCACGGGGCCGUUGGGCUAGCCCAGGAGCUAGCCGGAGCACCGAGAGCUAACGCCAUGGGACGCAUGUGAAGCAGCCCGGGAGCUAACAGCAGCCUGGCGGAGAAAGAAACAAGGAAGCGGACGGCUAGCUGCGCUACACAGAAGCUAACGUUGGCUAACUGGUGGCUAAUAUUCAUUCUAAUGAGCGACCCAGGAGCAUGCGACCUGAUACGAAGAGCUGACUUGUUCGGGUAUGUCGGGCAGUAAGGCGCUGGGCGGGGGGGCUGGCGGCGGGGCGAGGCGCAGGCGGACUCGGUGCCGGCGCUGCCAGGCCUGCAUGAGGACAGAGUGUGGAGAGUGCCACUUCUGUAAGGACAUGAAGAAGUUCGGAGGGCCCGGCCGGAUGAAGCAGUCCUGCCUGCUGAGACAGUGCACGGCGCCGGUGUUGCCUCACACGGCGGUGUGUUUUGCGUGUGGAGAGGCGGGGAAGGAGGACACAGUGGAAUCGGACGACGAGAAGUUCAGCCUCUCUCUGAUGGAGUGUACCAUCUGCAACGAGAUCAUCCACCCCAGCUGCCUAAAGAUGGGCAAAGCUGAAGGAAUCAUCAACGACGAGAUCCCAAACUGCUGGGAGUGUCCCAAGUGCCACAAGGAGGGCAAAACCAGUAAGGACCAGGCGGACGGCUCGGGGAAGCGGCGGCUCGAUAACGGGGAGGUGGGACGCUGGAAGCUCACCGAUGACCCGCCCCCCAAGAAGAAAGCCCCGCCCUCCCUGGAGGAGGCGGGGAGGGCGGAUGGGGGGCACAAGAGGAAGAAGGAGAAGGAACUUCCUGCUGACAGUGGGCCCAAGAAGAAGAUAAAAGGUGGCCACGAAAAGCGCCUCAAAAAGAAACCCAAACAGGAAGGGGUGGAGUCCAACGGUCCAACCUCGUCCUCAGGUGGUGGAGCUGGUGGCCUUCAGAGCUCCGCUUCCUCUUCCUCUCAGCCGGGAGGAGGUGGCGGAGGAGGAGCAGGAGGUGGGGGGACUUCGAGCGCUGACCAGCGUUCCCAUCACCGAGAGAAAUUAGAGCGCUUCAAGAGGAUGUGUCUGCUGGAACGCCGGCCCGAGUCCUCUUCCUCGUCCUCCUCCAGCUCCGAGUCCGACUCUGAGUCCGACUCCGACGACUCGCUGAGGGGGGAGCAGGGUGGGGGCUCCUCACCGUCCUCCUCUUCUCCGGCUCCACCUCCUCCUGUUGUCUACGGCAACAGCAGCGGGGGCCGGGCGGAGCGAGACCGGAGUCGCAGCGAGCGGGAGAGGGAGCGUGAACGAGAACGAGAACGAGUCCGGCGACUCGCCGAACUCGGGUUCAGUGCCAGCGAGGAGUCAGAGGGGGAGGGGGGCCGGGGGGAGGAGGAGGAUCGGGAAGAGGAGCAAGCUGGAGGGGGUGGAGACAAGGGCCGGCGGAGAGAGGCAGGUCCACCGCCACGAGGGCGAAAAACAGGGCAGAUAGAUGGAGAGGACGAGGACACGCCCACUUCUGACAGGACCAGGAAAAACUCCACCUCCCUGCCCCCACCCUCGCCCCUCUCCUCCAAUCAGAUGCCUCCGUCCUCACAGCACGAUGGGUUCACAGGGAAGCAGCGAAGCAACGGGCAGGAAGCUCGCAAUGGACGGACACGAGGAGGGACGGGAGGAGGUGGGAGGGAGGGGGGGGAGAAGGAGAAUGCCAGUGGAGUUCUGACCAAUCACAGACACAGCGUAGGAGCAGGGGGCGGGGUCAAAGGUGGCGGGAGCCGCAGCAACAAGAUCCGUAGCAACAGUAAGAACCAGGCAUCAAGGAACAGCGUCUCUUCCUCCUCAAUCCCCACGUCCAAUGGGGGAGGGGGGGCCAGCGGCCUCAUGAUGUCAGCGAUGGCUGCGUCACCCUGCUCACAGCCGUCCCGCCUCGCCCCACGCUCUCAAAUGAUGAAGCGCAGUCCGCCCGCCGUGCCCUCGCCACCCCGACCCGUUCAGAUGGAGCGACACCUGGUCCGGCCGCCGCCCACCUGCCCUGAGCCCAGCUGCUUGCCGCUGGACUGUGGCUCCGCCCACAUCAUGACCCGUGACGUCUGGCUGCGAGUCUUCACCUACCUGAGCCACCGAGAGCUGUGUGUCUGCAUGAGGGUGUGUCGCACCUGGAGCCGCUGGUGCUGUGAUAAGAGGCUGUGGACUCAGAUCGACCUGAGCCGGCAGCGCUCCAUCACCCCCCCCAUGUUGAGUGGUAUUAUCCGCCGCCAGCCCGUCUCCCUGAACCUGGGUUAUACCAACAUCUCCAAAAAGCAGCUCAUGUGGCUCAUCAACCGCCUACAAGGUCUGCUGGAGCUGAAUGUGUCUGGCUGUGCAUGGCCGGCUGUCUCUGCCCUGUGUCAGGCUGUCUGUCCCUGUCUGAAGCUGCUGGACCUCAGCAGGGUGGAGGACCUCAAAGACUCUCACCUGAGGGAGUUGCUGGCCCCGCCCCCCGACACCAGGACAGCUCACGGUGAGACCAGAGUGGGGCGGUUCCAGAACGUGACGGAGCUGCGAUUGGCCGGUUUGGACCUGACGGACGCCUCGUCCCGCCUGCUGGUUCGUUACGUUCCUCACCUGUCCAGGUUAGAUCUGAGUCAGUGUGGAAACAUCACCGACCAGACGGUGCACAACCUCACCUCCCCCAUCUCCCCCCUGAGAGAGAGCCUCACCCACAUCAACCUGGCAGGUUGUGUGAAGGUGACCGAUCAGUGUGUUGCGUUGUUGCGACGCUGCAGCUCCCUGCAGUCGGCGGACCUGCGCUCCUGCUGCCUUGUCUCCUCUGAGGCCGGACAGCUGCUCUCCUUCCCCUCCUCCACGUCCUCGUCCUCCUCCGCAGUCGCUGCUUCGUCCUCCUCCUCCUCCACGCCGGCCUCCUCCUCUUCUUCCUCCUGUCCUCCAGAAGACAGAACGCUGCUGAAGAACAGCUAAAGUCCUCCUCGUCAGGUGACACUCCAGUCCAGGUGGCUGACGAGUCCCGCCCCCUCCUGGUUACACUACAGACAGGUGAGGAGGAGCAGGAGGAGGAGAAUGUACUUUGGGAAAGUUGUGGGUAAUAGUUAAAUAGAAACCCUGAGCAUGUACAUAUUUGUUCUCUGUACAAUUUUGGGUGUUUGUAUAUAUCUGUAGUUUACUGUAAAUGACCCCCGCUCCUUGAAAACCUCCUCCCUCCUCUCCUCCCCUGCUCCCUCCUCCUCCGGUCUCCUCCCCCCUCCUGUCCUGCCGUCCUCCCGCUCUUCGACCAAUCACCGCUCUGCUCAUCCAGCCCUCAUCAUGUCCUCGUUGGGUUUCCGUGGCUCUGACCGCCAUGUUUAAAACCACCACAGGCUGCAGGGAGGUCGCGGCUACGCUAACAGUUUCCCUCCGCUUCCAGUCUUUGUGCUAAGCUAAGCUAACCACAGCCGUCUGCUGAUCCAGCAAACCGGAGUCAGGUUUGUCCAGAGACGAUUCCAGUAAAGUUUAUUCAAGCAGAGCGCCGCUAUCGACAGUAACCAGCUGAUUUUCUUCAUCGCGUCCCUCAUGUGUUCUGUCAAACAGCAGAAAUCUCGCGUUAGCAGCUGCAGCUAACAAUGAUUCACUAUUGAUCAAGAAUCAAGAAUUCCUCUUACAUGACAAAAAUAAUCUUCAUGUCAGAUGCUGGAAACAUUGCUGGACUUUUGUUCUUAAGAUGACAAUCCACCACAACUAAUGAUCUGGUCCAGUAGCUAGAAUUUAAUUUAGCAUCUUCACUCAGAAAUCAGCUGACUGUUCUCUAAAUUCAAUCAUUAAUCAUGUCCGACCUGUUGGAGAACGAAACAACGUCGCUGACACGGUGAAGCAGUUUGUCUUCCAAAACUACAACAUGUUUGAUUCACCGAUGUGAUGUUGAAACAGCUGGAAAGACGACUGAUCUCCUGUCGAUCCACCGACAGAUUCAUCGACUCGUCAGGCUGAGUUGAUCCUCUGAGCUACAGUCGGAUUAUUCAGGCCAUGAACCUCCAGACAGCAAACCUCUGACACAAGUUCAAUGUUCUCAGUGUUUGAGGCUGAUCUGAAUACAAACAUGAACCAUUUCAGAGUCUGGAUUCGAGCAGCUGUAAACUGGAGGAAUCAUUUCACUAUUCAAUCUCUGACGUGAUCAUCUGGAUCACGUGUUCAGACAGUAGAGCUGAGCUGGACAUGUUAGCAGGUGGCUUCAGACCAGCCACUCCGUCUUUGUGCUAAGCUAGGCUAGGCUAACCAGCUCCAAACUGACUCCAUCUUUUCUAAAAUGCGGGACUGUUCCUUUAAAAGCUGCAGUUAGUUUGUUUCCUCAGCAGGUGAACUUUGGUCAGGGGUGUGUGUGUGCUUGUGUGUGUGUGUGUGUGUGUGUGUGUGUGUGUGUGUGUGUGUGCUUGUGUGUGUGCGCGAGCCUCGACGUCUCCAUUCGCCUCAAUCACUCCUCUUUGAUUUUCUACACGGUGUGUUUUCUCAGGAGUAUUUUGUGUGUUUUUUUUUUCUUUGAGGUUUAAUUUAUUUUCCACAUUCCUGAUAGUUUUCUGCUCGUUCUCACUCCUUCGUUGUUUUUCUACGUCCUGAACGUUGUUGAUUAAACUUUACUUGUGUUCUGCUGAAGCCAGUUUCUGUCAGAAAAAGAUGAAAACAUGGACAGUGAGUCAUAAAACGUUCAUCAACGCUGAGAUAAAUCGUGAUCAGGAGUUGUUUUUUUUUAACUUAAAGGUUUAAUCUUGAGGUCAUGAUAACCUGACUUUACUCUCCCACAAUCUUGAUUUACCUCAAUCUGGAUAUACUGCCUCAAAAUUUUGACUUAUUUCUUAUUGUGUCACAGGUCUGAUUUAUAUCCUUCAUUUAAUUUACUCACAACAUCGACUUGUCCAAUAAUCUGGAUUUACUGCCAUGAAAUGUUGAUUUUAUGUCAGAAUCGAGAUUUACUAUCAUGAUCUUGACUUUUGACUCUAUAAUCUUGGAUAUAGUUUAUCAUAAUGUUAGUUUGUGUUUUAGAAUCUUGAUGUCUCAGAAUCUGGAUUUAUUUUUUAAAAUGUUGGACUUGUAACUUGGGUUUAGGGUCAUUCCGUGUGGUUUCACCAGAUGGUGGUUGCUGCACCAUUUUCAAAUUAGUCCUAAAUUUGUAUGUCACUAGAUAGUUACAAAAGUACUUUCUAUGCAAAAUUGUAGGCCUGUAGCGCAAAUAGUUUCGGAGUUGUGGGGGUCUGAAAUUUUCAGAAUUUGGGCUAUAAAAAGCCUCACCAGUGUUUUUUUGCAUCUUUAAGUGGUUAUUUCUCAGCCUCCAGACAUACCAGAGAGCUGUGAGUUGCUAAACAAGGCCUCUGCAUGUAGCUAGUGCCCCACAAACAUCCCCAGGUGUUUCCCAACACGGUAAAAUGUGAAGGAAGUUUGACGGUAUCAAAAUUUGGAUACCGCCCAAGCCUACUUGUGACACCAAAAGGGCAUUAUACUUUUUGAAGGUAGUCACCUUUAAGAACUAACAUUUCAAAAAGAACAAAACAUACAUAAUACUACCAUUGGAAUGACUACUAAUACUUGUAUCCCAAUUUAAAGUAGUGAAAAGCAAAAAACGAUUUUGACACUACCCAUGCCAUUUUGAGUAAGAAUAUCUCAGUAACUACAAAUAUAACCCUGCUGCUUUUUUAUACAGUGAUAGAAGACAGAUGGAACUGUCUUGUAGAAAAAUUUGGGGUCUCUGGUACCUGUCCCACACUGAGAUUUUUGCCACCAAAAAUAGCCAAUUAAAAAUCUCGUCCAAUUUUGGGAGCUCAUAUUUUCCAAACUGAGGUACCUAGAAAGCUCCAGUUUGCUAAGUUAUCACACAGGUUUGUGUAGAAUGGAACCUAGGGGUGUUGGAACUCUUCUGUUCAGUAUUUCUAGUACUUUAAGGUCCCAAACCCCACUCGCGAGUAGGUUUUUCUUAAUUUUUAGCAAGGCGACAUGGCCUGCAGAGUGUAGGGAAACACCUGGGGAUGUUUGUGGGGCACUAGCUACAUGCAGAUGCCUUGUUUACCAACUCACAGCUCUCUGGUAUGUCUAGAGGCUGAGAAUUAACCACUUAAAGAUGCAAAAAACGCUGGCAAGGCUUUUUAUAGCCCAAAUUCUGAAAAUUUCAGACCCUCACAACUCAGAAACUAUUUGAGCUACAGGCCUACAAUUUUGCAAAGAAAGUACUUUUGUGACUAUCUGAUGGCAUACAAAUUUAGGACUAAUUUGAAAAUGGUGCAGCAACACCCCCAAGGAAUAUCUGGUCAUUUCCCCUGGAAUGACCCUUUAGUUUGUCAGAACCAUAAUUUACCGACCAAAAUCUUGACUUCUUUCAGAAUCUAGAUUUAUAACCUUGAUUUAAUUUAUCAUAACAUUAAUUCACCCAAUCAGAACUUUUUUCAGAAUCAGACUUUUUUCAUAAUCUUAAUUUUUGUCCCAUAAUCUGGAUUUACUGCCUUGAAAUCUUGACUUAUAUCGAGAUAAUUUAUCAUAUUCUUAGUUAGCUACAUCAGAAUCUUGAUGUCCAGCUUUUAUUUCCAGUCGGAUGAUUUUGAUUGAUCAGAAUCUGGGAUUUGUUAUUUUUAUUUUGUUUGUUCAUGAUUUCAAUUUACAAUGUCACAAUCUGGAUUUGUCUCAAAGUCUUGAUUUCUAGCUUGUCCUGAAAUGUUGACUGUUGACUGAUCUAGAUUUCUUAUGUCAGAAUCUAGACAGUCUGUGUAAUCAUCUUGUUUUCAUAUCAGAUAAUCGAGACUCAUCAGGGUUUCGAUUAUUACGCUUUUAUAAUCAUGACUUUAUGUUUUAUAGUACUAGUUUGUCUCAACAUAUCUGAUUUAGAGACUUUAUCGUCGCGAUGUUGUAAAUCUAAGACUUCUCAUGAUAUUGAUUUCUCUAAUCUUGACUCACCGUCUUGAUUUAAGAUUUAGUCAGUUUUAAUCCUGAUUCACAGAUGUUUUCUUCUUUUCUUGGCUGAAAUGGGCUUCUGUGGUUUCUCAGGGGCUUCACUUGUGAAAAAUGUCUGAAUUUCCUGUCAGUUAUUGUUAAAACUAAGUUAUUCUUUUAGAGUUUCACGUGAAAACGGUAAAUCUUUGUCUGCAGAUUUAAAUCCAAACUUUCAUAAGUGAUGUUUCUGACGUGGUGGAGAGUCUUCAUGUCUUCUGUUGUUUUUCUUCACAUAUGUGAACUCGGCUGCCAUAAUGUGAGGCAGCAGCACUGAGGGGGUUGGACAGGUUCAGUUCAGGUUCUGUGUUUUAUCAUGUUCAUGACCACAUCGAGCACAUCAGCCUGCAGUCACCAAUAAUCACUAUUAGUUAUGUCAGUCAGCUUCCCCCAAGUUAGCUACACAUGCUCCAUAUCGCUCCAUAUCAGCUAACGAAUGCCAUCGUCAGUUUCAGGUGUUCACUUUCUGCACUGUUCUCUACCUGAAGAACAAACACAUGAAACAGAGUCAACUGUUGAAGUCACGGUGACAGAACAAGCGGCCAUUUUCUGUGGCUAACUAGCAGUAGCUAGAAAGCUAGCCACACUUUGUUCUUGUGGUCAUUUUCUCCACUGUAGCUCUGCAUUGACAACAAGCUGUGUAAUUCGCCUUCUAGCAAGCUGAGGUAAAAUGCUAACACUGACUAGCAUUAGCUCAGGUCUGCAAAUCAGUCAAGAAAACAAAAACCGAAGAGCUAGUCGAUUAAAUUAUGUUGAGAAAGUUAACAGGAGAUUGCCAUCCCCAGCUAUGGUAACAUUAGCUUAUUAGUAAAAUUAAGCAACAAGCUAACUCUGGCUUGAUCCUUGUUGGUUUGCUUUUUCCAAAUUAGCUUCAUGGUACCAUGUUAGCUUCAUUGCUACAUGUCACUAAGCUGGUUUCAGAUUUCCACUCAGACCCAAAAAUGCUAAAAUAUAAAUUUAAAAAAUUAACUCCAGACUACUUGUUUUCCAAGCUAGCUAACUGGUGUUAGCCUGCUAGGUGGAGAUGGUUUAAAAUCUGCUUUGGGCUCUAUUAAAAAGUUGAUUUAUUUAGUCAAGAGUGAAAUUAAGUAAACUAUGAGCAUCGUUCAUGGACUUUAUUCAGUGAAAUAUGUCAAAUUCGGUUUUCAGCUGCAAACGUAGCUCACAUUAGCAAGCUUGAACCAGCUAAGUCUGGUUUGCACCAUGCUGAUUUGCUUUUUUCCACAUUACCUUCAUGGUACCAUGUUAACUAUAUAGCUACCUAUUAGUUAGUGGUUUCAGUGUUCCACUGAGAGAAAAUAAAGUUAAUGAAAUAGGACCAAAAAUGAACAUUUUCUGGGAAAUAUGGAGGCAGGAGGAGCUAGCGUUAGCUUCUGACAGGGGCUAAAGUUUUGUCUUGGGCUGAGAUUAAAAGUCUAUUUUCUUUUUAGGAGUGAAAAUUAAAAUAAAUGUGAUCAACAUUCUGAUGAUUUAUCAAGAAAAAUUCAGUUUUUGUGUCUCUUGUUUCUAAUUUGCUGCUUGUCUUUGGUUUUAACUGGCUGUAAAUCUAAAUGUUUGAGCUGCUGCGACUGAAUCUCAACUUUGGAGGUUUUUCACAGUGAACUGGUGAACAGAUGAAUCAGUGAAAUUACUGUCAGUUGCAGCUGCUCUUUAAUCUGAGUGAAUUUUGCAGCACUGCGUUGUUUUGCUGCAACUUCGAGGUGAAUUAAAGUAUUAUAGGAGCUGUUGCCAUGACGCCCUGUUGUGCCAUAAACGCACCAGAUCAACUGUUGACGUGUGAAUGGUCGUUUUUUUUUUAUACUUUAUUUUUGUAUUUGUUGUGAUUUUGAUGUUUUUUACUGUAUUCUGGCAGCGACGCCUCACAUGCUCUGUUCAUGAUGCUUCAAAGUUCACCCAGCAACAAGUGAGGAGUUCAGAUCUGAUUGGAUGAUAAUCCCUGAAAGCUCUUAUCCAAUCAGACGGCUGGACACGUCUCACCUGCUCCUCAGUCUUAGUAAAGCUGAAUCUCUUUGUCAAUGUUUUAAAGAUGCACUGGAUCGUCGUCUUCAUCACCUUCAUCCUCACCUUUUGCCAAAUGUAGUUUUUGUUGUGAAAGGGGGCAUUUUCUCCUGUUUUUCUUUGUGUUUGGUUCUUUUUUAUACUUUGUCCAUGACUCUUCCAUUGUGUUGAUGAUGAAAAAAUGAGGAAGAAGUUGGAACAAACAGUAAAAAGAGACACAAAAAGACCAACUCAAGGCAGCUACGUAUGAGUGACUACUGUAAAAUGACUAAUAAAGAAGCAAUGAGUUUGUUUUUA